GCGACCAAUCGCGUUUUGAAGGAAAAACAUUAAUAAUCGCAUCUCGCGAGCGUGUGUGUGUGUGUGUGUGUUGUUUUAUUUUAUUGUUUUUUUUCUUCUCUCCUGAGUGUGGCGAAUAGUUCAGUGUCAACCACCGAAAGAGCGCUCUGGAAGUUGCUCAAAGGCGAAAUAAGAUUUUGUUAAAAGGUUGAACGUUGGAGAAAAAGUAAAUUGAACCUCGACAAACGAACAUAAACUCACACACAUCGAGGCUCAGAUAGUAUCCCAAGUGGUUAUACGCGGUUGUGUAAUUGAAUGACAGCAGCAAUAACAAAAAGUUGAGAAGAAAACAAGUGGAUUUCUGACAGUGCCAUGGAGCAGUUAAAUAACAAAUGGUAGACUAUAUGCAGAAGUGAACAGUGUCUACCGCUGCAAAAUAAAAACAAAACCGAAGAGACCAAACAGUGAGAGAUAAUCAUCGUCAUCAUCAUCAUCAUCAUCAACAACAACUAGUCUCUCUGUUGUUUUUUUCACCGAGAUUCCAGCAUCCCAGCUUGCACACUCGAAAGCACCUUAAAAACCACUUGUCAUCUCGUUCGCUGGGCCCCACCGAAGUGCACCUUCGCCGUACCAAAAUUCGCGCCGAUAUCCAGAAAACACUACCAAACUCGACUUUUGCCGGUUGUUUUGGGUCUCGCCGUCAAUCAAAUUGUGAGGAAACCGAAGGACAUCCCACAAGCGGACGCUAGAACCGCUAGAACAAUCGAUGAACGGGGCGGAACAGUACCAAAUUGAAGUGCAAACGACACUCUAGUGAUAAUUGUUUCUAUAACCAUCGAACAAGUGCGUGAUAAGUGGGUGUGAAAUUGUAGUGUUAGCUAGAGAAUUUAUAAGAAUAACGAAAAAAACAUCGAGCAGAAUGUAUCCUCCGAUCAUAGUGGUAGUGUUAGCGUUAACAAGUUUCACGAAGCAAACAUUCUCGCUGGAAACUGUGCUCCGGUUGGAGGCCCUCGACGGGGAUGGUGAGGGAGGGGGCGGCGAUACAUACAGUACUUUCUACGACGAAGACAAGGGACUGGCAUCUGAGUCAGAUGAAUACGAAGAUGUACGGCAGCAACAAAACCAGGAGCAGCCCUCGGUGCAGCUGGAUGAGGUCUAUUACCGGGUGACUUCAGCUACCAGUCAUGAAAGUGAAGGUUCCAGUAGCAGCAGCAGCAGCACCACCAGCAAUACUAUUCUAGGUGGCGCCAGCGAAGAGCAGCUAUCGGCAACCGAGCGCACCCGGAACACUUCCUCCGAAGAUCAGCAGCACAUCAGCAACCAUGAGGGCAAAGUUAGUGUAGCCGAAGCGUUCGUCCGUGAUGAUCCACAGAUAGCUUCCAGCCGGGAUGCGCUCAGUAGUCGAAGUCUCGACCACGAAGCCGCAGAUUCGCUGCAAUCUUCGACGGUACUGGAAACCAGUCUAUCCAGCAACUUCCUCUAUACAAGCGGAACCUACAACGAUAGCUUCCACCUAACCAACCCGGACGAUAGCUCGGAGAAAACAUCCGACGAGGUGGCGCUAGAUAGCGUCGAAGACGACGCCCAAACGCUGGCCACCACAACCAACAUCCCAGCGCUCUCCGUGCCGGACGAUGUCGCACUGAAGCCAACGAAGCCCCAGUUCGACGAGAGUAAAAUCUCCAAAACCGAACUGCUGACGCGGAUAAUAUCCGACAAGAAUCUCCGGCUGCCGAUCGCAUUCCUCGUGGACACCUGCAACGAUUCCCUCAGCUACUCCAAGAAGGUUUUCGACGCAUCACUGAUACCGAAGAGCCCACUCGAGGUGAUUCUGAUGCGGUACAACAGCACCGGCAUCGCCAAAUCCACCAGCUUCCGGAACACGAAGUCCCUGAUGGACGCCAUCAACGUGUUGCAACCCUCGUACGACAGCAGUGGCCGUGCGUACUACGGCAUCCUGCGUACAUCCCAGGAAAUCCCAUACGACAGCGCCAUCUUCCUGGCGACUUCAAACGCAGCGACGGAUAAGGAGCUCGCACGAAUGGCAGCGCUAACGCUGUUGAAGAAGCGGAUUCGGCUUUACGUGGUCUGGUUUGGCGACGAGGUGGACACCAACGUGUCCGACCAGCAUCUGGACAGCCAAAAUGGGUUGCACGAGCUUGCGUACAAAACCGGUGGUCGGGUUAUCCGGUUCGAGAUCGAUCACCAAUUUGGCAACAAUCCUGUGCUGACCACCCUCGUGUCAGAGAACGAACUGCACGGCGACCAGAGCAUCCCGAUCUCCGUCGCGGAAGACGUCAACAGUUUGUACUUCAAGCUGCACGGAAGCUUGGCCACGGCAACCCUCCGAACGCCCAACGGUUACAUCAUCGACCUGCUGCGCAACACAGUUUCGAGUGACGUCUCCAAAGUCGACUCCCUCUACACUGAUCCCUCUGAACUUCCCCUGCUGGAAAUCAUCGCGGACAACCGCACAGAACACCACUAUCACCACCAGCAUCAGCCGGGAAAGAAUGCCACGAAAUCCUACACAGACCGGAUCUAUCUCGUAAUAGUCAACCGGCUGCGCAUCGUCACCGCCGGCGUUCACUACCUAAAUCUGUCCGCCAUCAAGGACUUGCCCGAAUUGUUACCGGCAGAUCAUCAAGAUGAUUCGAACAGAGCGUACUCUGUCUACGGUGUGAUCGUGAAGGCGGAACACAACAUGCGCCACGGUAUCGAGCUUCUAGAACUCGGCAACGCUACGAUGGAGCGACACUUCGAUGACCACAGCAGCAAUGAGGUGGAGAGCAUUCUACUGGACAACGAGUUGGAUGCUCUGGUCGAUUCAUCACACUCCCGUCGUAGCCAGAAGCAAACACGACACACCUCAACCAGCGACGACGAGGAGCUGCGUUCCGCGCAGCAACAGACCUCCCCGGAGGAGGAAGAAAGCGGCUCCCUUGGGAGGGCCGCCAUUCAGCCAAUCACUAAAAUAGAUAUCGGAAUCAACUCCCAGCUGAUGGGUACCCGUGGGUCCACACUUCAGCUGUCGUUCGAGGUGACCAACUUUCGGCAGGCGCCAAUGUUCUACUACUUCCGGGUUAAUGAUGAGCUGGGAUUCCUGCGUACGCUCAAUCCAGGAUCCGCAACUCUUGGACCAGAGCAAACUAUCAGUGUGGUGGUCACGAUGGUGAUCGGAACCAACGCCGAGGUAGGCGCCAGAGACAAGGUUACUUUCAGCACCGAGGGCGCCGAUCGUGUACAGCAAUCCGCCUGGGUAACAGUAACGGAUGCAGCGGGUCUCCCAGACGCAUAUCAACCGUCGAUUUGGUAUACGUACACUAGCCGAUGCGAGGGGCGUUCCACCGCUGGAACUUGCACCGGGGCUUUCUGGACAGUGGAUAUUACCGCCAGGGACUAUGAGACUGGGCUGAUGAGAAUUUCCUCCAGUCCUCGGGGAAUUGUGUACAAAGCUCCAUUCACCAUCGGCACCAGAGAUGAGGUUAAAGCCAGCUAUACAGCAUCCUGUUGUCAGCCUAAGGUCUCCAUAACGGCGCACGAUAUCAGUAAGAAUGCACGAAGCAUCAAUCUAGACGUCACGGACAUCUGGCUCAACGAAGCCGGGAUCGCGGCUGUGGUUUUAGGCGUUCUUCUGCUAAUUGCUUUGAUAAUUCUGUUGAUAAUUUUGAUUCGUUGGUGCAUCCGACGGAGACAGUCGCGCGAGUUGCCUAUCUACAGGGGAGAUGCACGGGGAACGCGUCAAACAUAAAUGUGGGCAAAAUAUUUCUGAAGCAAGAUGCCAUUUCUUAACACUAUUUUCACACGCAAAAAAAAACCUAUCAACGGUGACGGCCUAAGUCAGACGAAACUAAUCAGUAUUUUAAUUAUCUUGUAAGUCCCAUCAAAUGCCAAAACAUAGUUCUAAAUUUAAA